GAUUUAAUCACUGAGCAGUUUGUGGUGUUUGUUGUCUCAACAACUGGUCAAGGUGAACCACCAAAAAAUAUGAAGAACUUUUGGAAAUUCAUUUGGAGGAAAGUGUUGCCAGCUGAUUGUUUAGUUAAUGUUCUCUAUGUUGUAAUUGCUUUAGGAGAUUCUUCGUACCAAAAAUACAACAUGGUGGGCAAGAAGCUGUACAGGAGACUGAAGCAGCUUGGGGCUACUGCAUUCAUGGGUUGUUGCUUGGGGGACGACCAGCACCCUCACGGUUAUAAUGGAACAUUGGAUCCGUGGCUGACUAACUUUUGGUCAGAGUAUUUGAAAAGAUUUCCGAUGAAGGAGGGUUUGGACAUCAUUGCAAACAGUGUGUUACUACCCACGAGAUUUCAGUUGAAAUUUGUUAGCACCAUGCCAACAACAUUAUCAAUACCGCAACGCAAUUCCGGACCAGCACAACAUGAAGAGCAAGGCAUGCCCGAGAUGAAUCGUGGAAUGUUUUUUGCUCUGGUUAAAUCAAAUUUUCGCCUUACCUCUCCUGACCACUGGCAAGAUGUUCGGUUGAUCACAUUGCAGUCAAUUCAUGCAGAGUUUAAAUACAAGCCAGGUGAUGUUUGCAUGAUUCAGCCAAGCAAUUCAGACGAGAAUGUGAAACGGUUCCUGCAGAUCAUGGAUCUUGAUCCUCAGACAUUUUUUCAAUGGACAGCUAGAGAUUGUGGCUCAUCAGAAGAGUUAGGUUUACCUCAGCCGUGCAGCAUUGAUUGGUUGGUUAGACAUCAUCUCGACAUCACGUCCAUUCCAAAGUCGUACUUCUGGGAAGUUUUGGCAGGUUUUUCACUGGAAGGUAAGAACAGAAGUCAAAACAAACUGCAAGAGUUUUGUUCACUAGAAGGACAGGAAGAAUUGUUCUCUUACUGUAACAGACCGAGAAGAAACAUUUUAGAGGUUUUAACCGACUUUCCAUGCACAAGAAAGCACCUUUCUUUAUCUCACAUUUUGGACAUCAUUCCAGCUAUUAAAGCCAGAGCAUUCAGCAUUUCUUCGGCUCCAUCCAAUUCUUUGAAAGAACUAGAAUUAGUAGUCGCCGUCGUUGAAUAUAAAACGAAACUAAAGGAGCUAAGAAAAGGCCUGUGUUCCAAUUACUUGGCUGCUAAAAAUUCUGGAAACGUGAUCCAACUGUCGAUAGUUGAUGGCACUUUUGUAGCACCACCGUCCCACAGGCCACUGAUUAUGAUAGGUCCUGGAACAGGAUGUAGUAUUUUCAGGAGUUAUAUCGGAGAGAGAGUGGCUGAACAUGUCAUGGACAAUUACUUAUUUUUUGGUUGUCGCUAUAAAAAAAGAGAUUACCUUUUCAAGGAUGAGUGGGAAAAGUUAGUUAAAGACAAAUGUCUUCAUUUGUUUUUGGCAUUUUCUCGAGAUCAGGCGGACAAAGUAUAUGUUCAGCAUGUUUUGAAAAACAACGGUCUUUUAUUAUGGAAUCUAAUUGAUAUUCGAGGAGCUUCUAUCCUCUUGUCAGGGAACUCAAGAAAUAUGCCGAACUCAGUGCAUGAUGCGUUUGUGGAAAUUUUCAAGUUAUAUGGUCGUUUAAGCGAAGCUCAAGCAUUAAGCUACAUGGAACAUUUAUGUAAAGAGUUUCGUUACCAACUCGAAACUUGGUCUUGA